AGAAACGAGAGACGAUUGACCCUUGACCCCUGGCCCUUGAACUAUCACGAUUACGUGAUGUCACAGGCAAGCUGCCUCGUUCUCAGUCCCAUUUGUCGUUGUGUGUUGCUGGAGUAAGCCGCUUGCUGCACCGGUGAAUCUUAUACGAAAGCCAUGCCUGCUUUUACCCCAGCCUUGACUAAGGAACAGGAGAAUGAGCUCCGUGACAUUGCCAAUGCUAUUGUAGCUCCUGGCAAGGGUAUCCUCGCAGCUGAUGAGUCAACUGGCACCAUGGGCAAGCGUCUCUCUGGCAUCAACGUUGAGAACACAGAGGACAACCGCCGCAAAUACAGGGAGCUUCUGUUCACCGCCCCAGCAGCUGUUACAGAAAACAUCAGUGGUGUGAUCCUCUUCCACGAGACUCUCUACCAGAAGGCAUCCGAUGGGACUCCCUUCGUCAAGAUCCUUCAGGAUAAGGGCAUCAUCCCCGGCAUCAAGGUUGACAAGGGUGUGGUCCCCCUUGCCGGAACCUUCAAUGAAUGCACAACACAGGGUUUGGAUGACUUGGGUGCCAGGUGUGCACAGUACAAGAAAGAUGGAGCCCAGUUUGCCAAAUGGAGAUGUGUCCUGAAGAUCGGUCCCCACACCCCUUCCUAUCAGUCCAUGUUGGAGAACGGCAACGUUCUUGCACGCUAUGCUAGCAUCUGCCAACAGAAUGGCCUUGUGCCCAUUGUUGAACCAGAAGUAUUGCCAGAUGGUGAACACGAUAUCCAGACAGCGCAGAGAGUCACAGAGCAGGUGUUGGCAUUCACAUACAAGGCUCUGGCUGACCACAACGUCUUCCUGGAGGGCACUCUUCUCAAGCCCAACAUGGUGACAGCUGGUAUGAGCAGUGCUCAGAAGAACAGCAAUGAGGAGAACGCCCGUGCCACAGUCCAGGCGCUCUCAAGGACAGUCCCACCUGCAGUUGCAGGUGUAACAUUCUUGUCUGGGGGCCAGUCUGAAGAAGAUGCAACACUCAACCUGAACGCCAUCAACCAGUACCCUGGCCGCAAGCCCUGGGCUCUCACUUUCUCCUAUGGGCGUGCCCUCCAGGCCAGUGUGCUUGCCGCAUGGAAGGGCCAGGACGACAAUAUCAAGGCUGCUCAGGAUGAGUUGCUCAAGAGAGCAAAGGCCAACGGAUUAGCGGCUCUUGGAAAGUACACAGGGGGUAGUGAGAGUGCUGCUGGCGGAAAGUCUCUCUUUGUUGCCAACCACGCUUACUAACCUGUUGACUUGAAGAACAGUUACAAGUUAUCAUCACAAGCUAAAUAUCUGAAAUUUUAGGGUCAGCUCUGUGUUUGUAGCUAGCAUUGGGAUAGUGAAUAGACAUCCAACUGGUGUUGAAGUGAUGUCUGACUUCUUCACAAUACUAUGCCAACUUACAUCUCAACAUUUUCAGCUUUAUUCACACUGGGUAUGCGAAAUAAAGCAAAUCUGCAAUGGGUGAGUUUUAAGGGAGGGAAGUCUUCAUUUAAGCCUUUUUUGUUUUGUACAGCUAUAAACAUAUUUGCUCAUCCUGGCCAUACCAUUGGUUAUUGUAUAUAUAAUAAUUUGUUCCAUAAUGUUUCUGUGAUUCCCCUGUAUUUGCCAAUGGUAUACUAUUUCUAGUAGUCAGUUGUUCCAGUCCUGUGUCUUUGUUUUGAUUUCUUUGAGAAAACUUCAUAAAUGAGGGAUGGAAAAGAAGUACCGGGAAAUAUGAUCUUGAGAUCUGUCCUUUUCUGAGAAGAAUGACUCAUGUAUUGCAAUGUUAUUGCAUGGGCGUCUGGUGAUUGUUAAGAUUUGUGAUAUCCACUCUGUAUUGUCUGGAUUGUUCCCAGUGUAUCAGAUAAACUGUUGAACAUAAA